CAGAUACCAAAUCUUGGCAAAUUAUCAUGAGUGAUAAAUUUCUCCUGGGUGUAAUUCUUUUGUUGAUGGGAGCAGAGCAAUGUUUAACCUGGAACACGAUAUACAAAGGAGAUAGCAAUCUGAUUUAUGUGGACUUCAACAAUUAUGAUUUGGAAGUUCAAGCAAGUGGAAGUGAUGGUGGCCAGUUUGAUAUCCAUUUUAAGUAUGGAUCAGGUUGGAUAGCCCUUGAAUGGUAUUUGAGCUCGUCCAGUUCAACCAUGACAGUAGAUAUUCACGCAUCAGGAACUAGCUCUGGUUGUGACACGGAUGUAACGUUUACCAAUGUUCCUGUACCAAGCACCUAUACCAGAACCUGGAAAUUCAGUAGAGAUUCGAACUACCUAAAUAUUUACUGUAGUGGAAUCCGAGUAGGACAACUUUAUCGGGGGAGUUAUUUUAGCUGCCUAACAUAUUCACAGUGGCUAAGCUUUGGAACAGGGAGUUAUCCCGUAUUCUUCUAUUCCGAUUCUGCAGUAACGCAUUACUACAGACUUUCCAGCAAAUGCACGACAAGAAAUGGAGGAUGGAGCAGCUGGAUUGGAUAUGGUAGCUGUACCUGUAACCACAACUCUGGCACCGGAACAAGGACCCGAACUAGAUCCUGUAACAAUCCCUCACCAGCCUGUGGGGGGUCAUCCUGCUCAGGAUCAUCUUCCGACACUGCAAACUGCGACAGUCAAUGUUGUCAAACAUUUAACGGAGGAUGGAGCAGCUGGGCUGGAUGGGGUAGCUGUACCUGUAACCACAACUCUGGCACCGGAACAUGGACCCGAACUAGAUCCUGCAACAACCCCUCACCAGCCUGUGGGGGGUCAUCCUGCUCAGGAUCAUCUUCCGACACAGGAAACUGCGACAGUCAAUGUUGUCAAACAGUAAACGGAGACUGGACAGAUUGGGGAAAUUGGAGCAGGUGUGAUUGUGAUCACAGUGCUGGAACAGGAACAUGGAAC